UCCAAUUGAUCCUUUCACUCGUGAAAGUUGCAAGCCAUCUAUAUCUCAAGGUGUUCCACUUGGAGGCAUGGGGUUUGUGGUGUACAAGCUUGUUGAUACAAAUUUUUCAACUUUGUUCUUUUUUAUUUGAUCAAACUGAUGUGCUUGUUUGUUUAUGUCUCAUACAAAAGUGGCAGCAUAUCUAGAGGUUUUAGAGGUGAAUUCAGGCAAUUUAAAAUUGUUCCUGGUUUAUGUGAAGGUUCUCCAGUCAUGGCCAAUCAAUUUUCUAUUUUCAUAUCAAGAGAUGGAGGACAUAAAAAUUACUCAUCAGUUUUGGCUCCAGAUAAACAUGAAGGAAUAGGGAAAGUGGGUGAUCAGGGUAUAUCUUCGUGGGACUGGAAUCUUAAUGGCCAGCAUUCCACAUAUCAUGCUCUAUUCCCAAGGGCAUGGACGAUAUAUGAUGGUAUUAACAUACUUUUUUUCUAUUUUCCCAGAAGUUCAUUUCCCUCGAAUCCUUUUUGUAAAUUAUGUUGGCUUGUGUUUUAG